AUGUUCACCAAGACCAUUCUGAGCGCCACUGCGCUGCUGGCGGGUGUUGCGACGGCGGCGACGGCACCUGGGUUUCCCAUCCAGGUUUCCCAGAACUUGACGGUCAUGUACGGGAACAAUACCGUGUCGCCUGGUGGAGAGCUGAUUCCCCGUCCUGAAACCGCACAACCCCCGACAAUCUCGUCCCCAGUAUGGUUCGCCGACGAGCAAGGCCCCGGCCGAUGCGUCCUCCUCAUGGUCGACCUCGACGUACCCCGUAACAACUCGCGCGUCCAACUCGUCCACUGGAUUGCCACAAAUGUAACACGCUCCGUGCCCAUUUCCGCCAACACAACAGGAUCGCCGCUCGUGAUCCCCUCGGAUAAUCCCGUCCCGUACCUCCAGCCCUCGCCUCCUGUCGGCGAUAUCCCGCACAGCUACACGUUCAUCCUGAUGGCACAGCCACGCAACUUUAGCAUACCCUCCAUGUACGACGAUCUAGCAGACAACAGGGUGGGCUUCAACGUUAGCCAGUUCGCGGCUGACGCGAAUCUGACAAACGGAAUUGCCGCGACCUGGAUUACAGUGCAGAACCUUACUGAGACGCCCACAAACACAAGCUUCCCACCCCCGAGGCCGAGCCCAACAGGGGAUGGUGCAGACUCUGGCGGUGCUGCUUCGGGUGAUGCGAGUGGCAUGAUGAUCGCCGGUAGGACGUUUUGGGCGGCAAUGAGCACGACAGUGGUGGCGGUUGUCUUUGCUAUCGCUUUGUAA